UUACGACUUGGAGCGGAAUAUCGUUAUUAUCCUUGCCCAUUGGAGUGAGGGGCUUAACAAUUCACCUUAAAAAUCGUACAACGGACGUUAUGUUUCCUAGAAAUCGAUACGACCAAGUUAUAAAAGGACUUCAUAAUUCGAACGAUCACGUCUUAGCUUAUGCCUCAAAUUUUAGUAUAACCGCUGAUUCACAUUUAGUUUGCAUACAAACAAAUACUAGUGACGAGAGCAGUUAUCAAACGCAAGCGAUAAACAUUCACAACAAACCAAGAACAGUAACUGGCGCCAGUUUCAUCGUCAUCAAUGGUGCUCUAAAAUCUUCCAUGGGUCUUUCUGCCAAAUCCAGUAUUGUUGAGGAUGGAUUAAUGGUAGAAAUAAUGCCAGAGAAAAUGGAAGCUUUGAAAGCUGCUCUCAAAAACAUGCAAGAUUUUUCGAUCGGUUGUGGACGUCAGGGAGCAUUGGAACCGGACGAAGUUGUAAACAUAAAGUGGGUCGAUAAUGAUAUGCUGUUUAAUCUAAGUGUUAAAAGUCCCAUUGAUGGACAAUUAAUGGAUGGUAUACCAUCUAUUAGAGUGCAUAAUGGUAUUGAUUAUAAAGGUGCAACCCGAUUUAUACGCUGGACGGAAGUAUUUAUUAUAAAAUCAGAUGAUCACUCGAGUGGCGUGAAUGAUCCUGUAGAUAUAAAUAAACUAUCUGGCAAUAUAGCAAAAGCGACAUGUGCAGCAUUAGUUAAAUUACUGGAUCUUCUGGCAACAGCAGGUUUAACAAAGCUUGGUGUGCGGACAACGAUUCAUCCAGAUAACGUGGGAUAUGAAGCUGGAAGCGAAGGAACAAAAUUACCGCCAAUAUAUAUGAAAAGUUUAGACAAUGAAUUGAUUCAAGUUUUACAUAAAGCUGUGCAAAGCAGUCAGGAUGCAUAUACCGUGCUUGAAUUGAUAUUUUAUGUGCUUGAGGAUUAAAAGGGAUAUACAGUCGCUGAUAAUAUUGAAAAAUUUUCAUUGAACUGGGAAGAUGUGCAAUUGCGUUGAACAUCAUGGUGUAGUGAUUAUAUAAUUUCUAUGUUAUUUUUUAUUGUAUAUUUUGUUUCAUAUUAUUUCCAAUUUGACUAUUAAAACCGUGAAUGAAAUAUUUUUAAU